CUCAGCCGAAUUCUAAAGCCAGGUGGUGGUGGUUAGAAUUACUAUUCCCUUUCACACUAGUGAACCUUUUGAGAGCUAACUGUGCGCCAGGCCUCGAGCUAGAUGUUUUCCAUGGAUCCCCUCGUAUGAUACCAAAAACAGCUGAUGUGCACUUCGCAGGGUUCCUGACAGUGUGUAAGAACAGCCAUCCCUUGUCACGCUCUGGCCGGGCUGGACUCUGCAAACCUGCUUCCGCAAUGGGUAAUGAGGAGCUGUGGGCCCAGCCAGCCUUGGAGAUGCCAAAAAGACGGGACAUCCUCGCGAUCGUCCUCAUCGUGCUGCCCUGGACGCUGCUCGUCACCGUUUGGCACCAGAGCACUGUGGCGCCUCUGAUCACCGCACACAAGGAUGAAGGCAGUGACCCCAGGCGCGCUGCCCCACCAGGCGCGGACCCCAGGGAAUACUGUAUGUCCGACCGUGACAUUGUAGAAGUGGUGCGCACUGAGUACGUGUACACGCGGCCCCCGCCCUGGUCCGACACGCUGCCCACCAUCCACGUGGUGACGCCCACCUACAGCCGCCCGGUGCAGAAGGCGGAGCUGACGCGGCUGGCCAACACGCUGCUGCACGUACCCAACCUGCACUGGCUGGUGGUGGAGGACGCGCCCCGCCGCACACAGCUGACGGCGCGCCUGCUGCGUGACACUGGCCUCAACUACACGCAUCUGCACGUGGAGACACCCCGCAACUACAAGCUGCGUGGCGACGCCCGCGAUCCACGCAUCCCGCGCGGCACCAUGCAGCGCAACCUGGCACUGCGCUGGCUGCGGGAGACCUUCCCCCGAAACUCCAGCCAGCCCGGAGUGGUGUACUUCGCUGACGACGACAACACCUACAGUCUGGAGCUCUUUGAGGAGAUGCGCAGCACCAGGAGGGUGUCCGUGUGGCCUGUCGCCUUCGUCGGCGGCCUUCGGUACGAGGCCCCACGGGUCAACGGGGCAGGGAAGGUGGUCGGCUGGAAGACAGUGUUUGACCCCCACCGACCGUUUGCAAUAGACAUGGCGGGAUUUGCGGUCAACCUGCGGCUCAUUCUACAGCGAAGCCAGGCCUACUUCAAGCUGCGUGGUGUCAAAGGAGGUUAUCAGGAGAGCAGCCUCCUCCGAGAGCUCGUCACCCUCAAUGACCUGGAGCCCAAGGCAGCCAACUGCACCAAGAUCCUAGUGUGGCACACGCGGACAGAGAAGCCGGUGCUGGUGAACGAGGGGAAGAAAGGCUUCACUGACCCUGCCGUGGAGAUCUGAGCCCGGGAUACAGGAGCCUCCUCUCAGACCCUGCUCCUGGCCUUCCAUUCUCUUCCCACAGUUGACGGCCCCACCAAGGCAAACUCCACAGGAAUGGCCAGCACCCUCUUUUCUAUGCUGGGGCUUCAGAGAGAGCCCAGCCUAAUGCCAGGACAAAGGACGGAGAACCUAAAGCACAGAAAUCCAGACAUGCUGUUCUCUCCCAUCCAGCGUGCCCAGGGCCCAGCUGCUAGCCCCGCCCCCAAGCCGGCACACGGGUGCCCCAGCACCCCUCCCCAGAGCUUCCUGCAUCAACAGGCCUGCAGCAGCAGAUGCAAGGGGCUCACCCAAGCCCCAGAGUGAUGCUAGCCUGGGAGGGAGAUGACAAGAUUCGGCAGUCAAGUGGAGGGUGCACCCCUCACAGCCCGGCUCCCUGCUCCUGGCUCCCGAAGUCCAGCAUGGCCUCACAGGGCAGCCAGCCAGAGAAUUCUGAAGACCAGAGAGCAGGCCCUGCCCGGGUAUCAGGAGCCCGACCCCUCCUCGGAGAGCUGCUCCCAAGUACACCUGCCUCUGUGGCUUUCCUCUCGUUCUUAUUCUGUCUUUGAUCCCAAUAGGCAACCAGCCCUGCGUGAGGGGAGCCUGGGCCUUCCAGCAGGCUCCCUCUGUACCUCAGGCUGUGGUGGGAGAAGAGUCCCUUCCUCCGGUCCAUGCCCCUCAGGCCUGCUCCUUGCAGCACAGAGAAGCAGGUGGGACCUUGAGCCAGCACAGGUCACGCACUGACCUGGACUAAGACAACAUGGGCCCCUGUCCCCACACUGCCACCCCCACUGCCCACUGGGCUGCAGGGCCCUUGCCUGGGCCAGGACGGGGAGGGCAGGAGCCCUCUUCCUGAAGCCCCUGAGAACCACAGACCUCAAUGGCCCAAGUGAUCAGGGGUGUGAGAGGCAGAAAGAAGAGGGAGGCCAAGGCAAGUCCAAGACCCCUCCUGCCCCUGGUGGGGGGGUAACAGGGGGUUUUGCAUUGGCCAAGGGAUUGAUGGAAACAAGGCAGAGACCGUCUGGACACUGAGCGGAAGCCUGAGCACACACUGCUUUGGAGAUCACUGUCUCUCAAAUACUAAAUGGGAAAGAAAAUCUCACUUCUCCCCAAGUGGGGAGCGUGCAGAGCGAGCCUCCUCAGGUCCAGCUGCAAAGAACAGUGCAUGUGCCAGCCACUCCCUUCCACCAGGGGGAGAGAGUGUCCGCUUCCCCAGGCCACCAGAAAAGCCCCUGGCUUUCCAGCUGGGGACAGGGCCCUCUGGUGGCUGUCUCACUCUUGCUCCUGAAAGUUGGAAGCACAAUUUUCCUCCCACGUGGAGGAAAAGGGAAGGCUUGAGCCUACUGAAGAUGUUUAUUUUUAACUGCUAACAGCACCCACUUCAUUUAAACUCACAGGACCAGUCCAAGGACCACUGAGAACCCACUCCUGGGCGGGUGGGGGAUAGGACUUAGUCUGGCCACCCGAACAUUAAAAAAGUAGCAUUGGCUGCCUGUUUUGAAAUGGACUGAACUCUCCACAGUAGUCAUGAACCCUUCUGCUGGGAUUAUAUCCUUCACACCCCUGAGCCACCUUGCAGGACACUCCCCAGCCUCUUCCAUUUCCAGUGCUGCUUUGGAAAUCCAGCCCUCAGAAUCCAGCGGUGUGGCAUGGGAGAGAAGGGAGGGGGUGGCCCCCCGACAGCCACCCAGGGAGUGGAUUCAGGCCCAGGCUUCACAGCCUCCUCCCUGAACCCAGACCUGAACGCCCAGGUGAGCUUGGCUGCCCUUAGGCAAACUUCUCAGCCAGAGCCAGGUGGCAGCGGAAGGGUACCCAGGGCUCAUUUUCAGGAAAUUGAUAAUGAACAAAAUGAGGUAUUUUCUCUAUUACUUUUUUCGGGGGGCAGAUGCUAGUUGUUUUCGCCCACUAUCCUCUUCUAGCUGCAUGUUUAUUUAUUUAUAAUUAUCACCCCGGUAGACGGCAGCUCUCUCCUUUACUGGGAAGGAGUGUGUUAGAAAUCAGAAGUGGGUCAGUGACGGCGACUCGUUUUCCAACUUUGGUCUGUUCCCUGCUCCCCACAUGGAGACCACACGGAGGAGUGAAGCGGGGGCUGGGGGUCUCAGAGACGGGGGCAGUGGAGCUACGCAGCUGCACCA